GGUUGAGAUCUCCAGCACUCGGGAGGUUAGUGUUCAGACCAGUGUGAAAGCAGGAACACGGAAGAGGAAUAAAAGCAAUCGGCAGCUGUUUCAGUUUAACCCCCAAGAUCUCCGUCACUGCCAUCAGAGCAAAAACAGAGGGCUAGAUCCAGUCGCCGUGCCUCGCUACAUGCACUGCGUUAGAAGAUGGCCAGUCCUCCAGAUCGGGAAUGAAUCCUAAACCACUUGGCUAACACAGUACGGACCGCUCAUUGUCCGUUUUUCCCCCCCACUGCCCGCAACAAGGUGACCUGGAGCUUCCAAGAAGUAAGUGUACAUUUGUCAGAUGCAGCUAACGUCAUGACGCCCACCGGGAUUGAUGCUGGGAUCGAUGUUAUGGGAACUAGAAGAUAUUGAGUUUGCUAAUGUAGGCUUAACAAGCAGUUGUUGAAAAAUUGCUUCAAAGGAAUACAGUUGAUUCGCACAUCCUGAAAAAGUAUUAACAGUGUCAUUCCGAGAAGAAUUAUUUCUGAAGAGAGCACACUUAAUCAUGUUUGUUGGGAAGAUUUCAACUUUGAACCAUUUCUGUUCAUAUUUGUUACCCUCACUUUAUUGACUCCUGAAUUUUCACCCAGUAAUUUUCUCCUUGACUAACCUUCAUUACUAGCACCACUAAAUCCAAGGAGAGUGUUCCAAAGAUUACCACUGCAGAAGCAUGUCCAAAACUACUGAGAUUGUCAACCUGUCAUUCUUAUUAGACAAUGAAAAGGAUAUGAUUUUGGAAGUUUUACACCGUGAUGAACAGUUGCGAAAAGUUGAAGAGAAAAGAAUAAGGAGAUUAAAGAAUGAGCUCAUCAAAAUCCGUGGUUCUGAGGUAAAUCGAAGAAAGCAGCAAAUCAGUGAUAGAGCCUGUAAACGAUGCCAGAAGACAUUUGGCCUAAUCUUCCUCAGAGGGGACCUGUGCCAGGCAUGCAAUGACCGUGUGUGUAGAGAAUGUCGAGUUAUGUUCAACGAUGGGACCUGGAAGUGCACUGUGUGUGCUAAAAUUGCGCAGCUGAGGGUUGUCACUGGUGAGUGGUUUUUUGAAGAGAGAUCAAAGCGAUUUGAACCUGCAUCAGGAAUGGGAUGCGAAAUCAUCAAGCAAUCCAUCGUCAGAAAACCUAUAGGAGGCGAGACCAAUCAACCAAAGGGGAAAACAAAUCAGAAAAAUACAGAAGAAGCUUCAAAGACCAAAAAUGAGAAGAAGAUGGUCCCAGAUGCACUCAGGCGGUUCAACAUCCGUCCUGACAGAAAGCAAGGCAAGUCCAAUCUGAAGCUACGGAAUGGUCAAGGAUUAGACACAAAGUCUGAGGAUGGAAGAAGCAUUAGCUAUGCAGGUUCAGACUUUGAAAUUGAAAGUACACACUCCACAGCACGGUCUGGCAGCAGAACAUCAACUCCAGUUCUACAGAUCUCAGCAGCGACCAGCAAACUGAGCAUUGUGUCAGAUUAUGACAAGGAGGCAGAAUCUUCAGAAAGUAUUCACACUCUACCAGUGAGUAACUGUGUGCCUGAGGAUCUGGCCAGACGAAAACACAAUAUGCCUACAAUAGCAAUUUCCAAAUAUUCCAUUUCAUCAGAUCACAGUAGAUCUGAGUUGGACCUGAGUGGAUCCUGCACAUCGGGGAAUGAAGAUUCCAUUAGCCUCAGGAGUAAAUCUGUACCUGGAGAUCUCAAUGAAACCACGGAUUACCUUGAGGAGGAGGAGGAAGAAGAUAUUGAUAAUUUGGUAUCAAUGUAUCGCCCAAACAGUGGAAGGAGCAGUCUGGGAAGUGGGUUAUCUAUGCAUUGCCAGUCAAGCUCUGACAAGAAGUGGACAUUCCUUAAUGUACCAGAUCAUGACGCAGAAACCACCAGCUUAAAUAGUAUGAUGAGUGUCUACAGUGAAACAGGAGACUAUGGCAAUGUGAAUAUCAGUGGAGAAAUUCUCCUUACAAUCAAUUAUAGCUACAAAAGUGGGGCGCUAAAUAUUACUGUGAAGGAAUGUCGCAAUUUAGCAAUUGCAGAUGAGAGAAAGCAGAGAACUGAUCCCUAUGUUAAGACUUACCUCCUCCCAGACAAAUCUCGUCAAAGCAAACGCAAGACCAAGCUCAAAUCCAACACAACAAGUCCAGUUUACAAUGAAACAUUAAAGUACAUCAUCAGUCACUCACAAUUGGAGACAAGAACUCUACAGCUGUCAGUCUGGCAUUAUGACAGGUUUGGACGGAACAGUUUCUUGGGUGAAGUGGAGAUACCAUUUGAUGCCUGGGAUUUGGAAAAUCAAAUUGAGGAUUGGUUUCUACUGCAGCCAAAGGUUGAGACUGCUGUAGAUAAUGUUCUACAGUAUAAAGGAGAGUUGACAGUUUGUUUGCGUUAUACCCCACUCGGGCAGACACUAGCCCUCCCAACAGAACGUGGAAAAGCUAAAAGAAGUUUCAUUAGAGGAAGGAAAGGGUCUGCCCAUGUAUCCAGUGGUGGAGUAUUGGAGGUGCUCAUUAAGGAAGCAAAAAAUUUAACUGCAGUAAAAACAGGAGGAGUUUCAGAUACCUUUGUAAAAGGAUACUUGCUUCCUGACAACAACAAAGCUUCUAAGCACAAAACACCUAUCAUUAAAAAGAGUGUAAACCCCCAGUGGAACCACACUUUCACCUACAGCGGUUUACACCUUACUGAUCUACAAAAUGUCUCCUUAGAACUAACGGUCUGGGACAAGGAAUCACUUUCCAGCAAUGUUUUUCUAGGUGGUAUCCGGCUCGGCAAUGGCAGUGGUCGUAGCUAUGGGAAUGAAGUUGAUUGGAUGGAUUCCCAAGGGGAGGAACAGCACAUCUGGCUUCAAAUGAUAGCGAACCCAGGUGUCUUUGUGGAGAGCACAAUAAUGCUGAGAGCCAGCAUGGGAAAGCGCAAAUUUUGAGCCUGACAGACUGAAAGAAUACAAUGUAAAAUACUACACACUGUCAAGCUAUUGUAUUACUGAGGCUGGUAAGGUUGGCAUAAUUCUGUGACUGAACAUAUUACUUUAUAAUAAUAAAGCAAUUUCACUUUUUAAUUUUUGUAAAUACAUUUCCUUGGGAUUUUUUAAACAGUUCAUUUUUGUAAAAAAAAAUCAUCCAAAACAUCUGAUAUCUGGUCCAGUAAUUGGGAAGAGAAAAUAUUUCCUCUAGUUGUUCAACUGUCUGUCUUUGAAGGUUAAUAAUCAGGAAUGCUUAGAGGUUUGCCUACUUUAUUGAAAAGUAACCAACAAGGUUCUAGUGUCAAACACCACUAACAAUUAGCCUGUCCCUAUUUCCUGAUGUAACUGAGUUAACAAUUCCAGUAAUAUGAACUCAAGUGCUGAAAAUUUUCUCUACACAAAAGCUCUAGCAAGAUUAUAACUGUAUAUGAAGAAUGUGAUGCACAGAUGAAAUCUUUCCCCAACACCUGUAACAAAACAUGGUUAUAUUUAAUGGCAGGUUCCACUCCAGUCAUGGAUUGGUCAUUUCAAAAAUACUGGCCAUUUAAUCCCUUGGUCUUUUUAUGCCACACACUAUUUCAUACUGAAAGGGUCAGCAGCUGAACUAAUACAGCUCAGGCCAAUCCCAAGACCAAAUGAGAAGGCACUAGAUGAAUCACUGUCUGACUUUGCCCUGCUGACUUAAGAUAAUGACAAGAGACAGUGUACAAGACCUCAUUGUGUAAAUAAAUUAUUACGUUAGGAACUGGAGGAGAAAGAAGUGGUGGCAUUUAAAACUGGAUUCAAAUCAAACAAUUAUAGAACUGCAUUUCAAUAAAAUUGAACUGUCAGGUACUAAAACAGUCAUGAUAAAGGACAAACCAUAAAUUACUUUCCCACCUGUGAUGGUAGUAAACUAAUGUAAGGUUGAAGAAUCCAACAUCUGUUAAUCUAUGUGAAAUGAUGUAUGUGCUCCACAGUCUGCACUGUAAAGCACAUUGUCCAAUAAAAAGACAAAGUAUCUGGAAA